AAGAAGAGUGCCUUCUUGCUUUAAAGUUGAAAAAAAAAAUGGUAUUAAAAGAUGAAGAAGCCAAAUCUAGAAACAAUGGAGUGGACUCUGGUUAUGAACAUUCUUUAGACUCGGAUAAAUUAAUGAAUGAAUCUAGACUGCAGAAAGGCGAUGCCGUAGUUGAGAUCAAAGAUGAACGACAGAACCAACUUCUGUACAAGGUUUCCGACCAUCCCCCGAUAUACUUAACAAUCUUCUGUGGUCUACAGCACACUUUGAUUUCCCUGUCUGCAAAUAUGGCAAUUUCACUACUGGUCGCUGAUGUGACAUGCGCAACUCACCUGGAAGACAUUAAAACAACUCUUCUAAGUUCUACACUUCUGAUGUCGGGCGUCUGUACAUUAUUAAUGAGUCUCAUAGGAUCACGACUUCCUCUAUUUCAAGGAGCAGCGGGAGAUUUCCUUAUUCCUCUGCUGGCUUUGCAAGUACUGGAUAAAACGAGAUGCAAUUUAAAUGACGAAUUAUAUUCGGAAUCAAACUCCACAAUUGUUAACACUACAAUUCCAGCAAACCACAGAGAAUACAUUUUAAGCAACAUCCAAGAUUUACAAGGAAGCCUCGUGGCCGCUGGAACUUGUCAAUUUCUCAUUGGAGCAACAGGUCUAGUCAGCCUCCUUCUGAAAUUCAUAGGACCAAUCACUAUCGUUCCAACUCUCUUUUUAAGCUGCGUCUUUAUCGUCAGAGCAUGCGUCAAAUUUGCUUCAGUACAUUGGGGUGUUGCACUGUUGGUAACUGCGGUCUCCCUGAUUUUAUCCUUGUAUCUCAGCCAUCACAAAACACCGAUACCAAUGUGGACGAGAAAGAAGGGAUUUCACAUUUUCUGGUUUCCAUUGCAUCAAGUUUAUUCUAUUCUUUUUGGGAUUUUGGUUGGUUGGUUGGUAUGUGGCAUCAUGACAGCGGUGGGAGCUUUUGAUCCAGACGAUAAACUGGCGAGAACUGAUACCGGAUUGGAAGCAGUCAGAAAAUCUGCGUGGUUCCGCAUUCCUUACCCGGGACAGUUUGGUCCCCUGUCAUUCAGCACAAGUGUUUUUGCGGGAUUUAUGAUAGGGACCAUAGUAUCAAUACUCGAUUCCAUUGGCGAUUAUUACGCAUGCGCAAAAAUGUGCAAUGUGCCCCCACCCCCUACGCACAGUGUAAACCGUGGGAUCCUUAUAGAAGGACUAUGUAGUCUUAUAGCGGGAUUCUUGGGAUGUGGACAUGCCACAACUACCUUUGGAGGAAACAUUGGAGCAAUAGGAGUAACUAAGGUGGCUAGUCGAGACGUUUUCGUUACUGUUGGUUUUAUAUACAUUAUUUUUGGACUAAUUGGAAAAAUCUCGGCGAUUUUUCUGACCAUUCCUUACCCAGUCCUGGGCGGAGCGCUGAUUGUGAUGUUUGGAAUGUUUAAUGGUGUCGUCUUGUCUAAUCUACAAGUUGUCUCCCUUAGUUCGUCCAGAAAUCUUGCCAUUAUUGGAACUUCCAUUUUGUUCGGGCUCAUGAUUCCUUACUGGUUGGAGACAAAUCCCGAUGCUAUUCAAACAGGAUCCCCGUCAGCUGACAGUGUAAUAAGGAUGCUUAUGGUUAAUCCUAAUUUAUGUGGUGGUAUUACAGCUUGUUUUCUGGACAACACAGUCAGAGGUACUUUGAAGGAAAGAGGAAUUGAAGCUUGGCAGAGAAUGAUUGGUGAGAAGGCUGACGAUGGAGAAGAAUUUGAUGAUGACAUCACAAUAUACGACAUUCCUCUACCCAAAAAAUUGAAAGAAUCAAAGCUUUUCAGACGUUUGCCUUUUAUCCCCUCUCAAUGAAAGUUAUAGAUCCCAAGUUACAUAAUUGUACAGUGUUUAAAACUUGUAUUUGGGAUGCAGCAAAAUCUUCGACGUGUUUGCUACAAAUGUAACCAUAUAAAAUAAUGUGAUGAAUCCUUAUUAUUAAAAUAAAUCUGAUAUAUAAAAACUUGAAUAAAAGUGAAUAAAAUAAAAUAGAUAGCUUUGUUCAGUAUCAUUAUGAAUGAACAUCAAGUGUUAGUUUAAUAAGUAAAACAAAAUGAGCCAGUA